AUGAACUUUUUCCUAACAACAACGAAAAUGGCGUCUGUUGCUGCGGAAAGUCGGCCGCAAACUGUGUCGUUUAGCGAUUUAACGGAACGAACUCCAGAAAAUCUAGAGGCUGAAUUAGUACAGGAACCUCCAAUUCAAGUCAACAAUAAUGCCGCUGAUGAUGCAGAAAUUGACUCUGAAGAAGAGGAAGCUGAAGAACAAGAGCCUUGCCCAGAUGGAAUUCUGAAUGAGCGAGCUAUCUCUGCUGGACUCUCCAACCUUGGUAGAUCUGCAGAUGGAACACAACUCACUUUCCUCAACCUCACACUGCCUGGCUACAACCUGCAAGGAAUAAACAUCCUUGAGAACUAUAUUCAUCUUCAAAAGUUAGAACUGCCUUACAACAGAAUAACAGAUAUCACUGUCCUGGGAUGUAUGCCAUACCUUGUUCAGCUUGAUGUAUCCCACAAUGAAAUCACAAACCUCCUGGACUUCAAACCUCCAUUCAAUCUCCAGGAGGUUGAUAUGUCUUUCAACAAGAUCAGUGAGAUGGGAGAUUUGUCGGCUCAUCAUGCUCUCACCAAACUAGUCCUUGACAACAACCAACUGUCGACCAUUGCAGGAGUGGAGAAUUGCCGGUGCCUUCAGCACUUGGGUCUGGCUCACAAUAACAUAUCAGUUAUUGAGAAACUGGACCACCUUCCUCUUAGGUUCAUCAACCUGCGAUGUAAUCAGAUCAGCAUGAUCGAGAACCUGGACACUCUCGUAAGGCUACAAUACCUUGAUCUCUCUGGCAAUGAAAUAUGCAGCCUAGAAGGAUUGCAGAAAUGUGUCUUACUGGAAACAUUGGAUUUGGAGAAUAACCAGGUUGCUGAUAUCACUGAUCUUCAGUACAUCGAGGGCCUGAAGCUACUACGCCAUCUAACCUUGCUAAGAAAUCCUAUCCAGGAUAUAGAAGACUACAGGCUUUCCCUUCUCUUCCGUAUACCACAGCUAAUAGAGCUGGACAGGCAUAAGGUGGAAGUCGAGGAGAAGAUAGCAGCUGUGAAUUUGUUUGAACCACCAAUGGAGGUGAUAGCAGCGCAGGACCACAGACGAGCUCUCAUCUACUCCUCCCUCAAACAAUCCAAGGUUCUUAUGAGUACUUUGCCAAGCAUUGAGACACCUUACCCAAUCCUGGUUCUUGUUGGACCCAGAGGAUCAGGAAAGCAAUCUCUCGCCCAGAGACUGGUGAAGGAGUUCUCAGAAUACUUUGGACUAGGGUUAUUACAUACUACCAGAGGACAACCAGCGGGUGGAGACAAGGAUUAUCAUUAUGUAUCAGCAGAACAAUUUGAAGAGUUGUUGCAAGAGGGAGAGUUCCUGUUGACCUAUCAGAUAAUGGAACAUCGGUAUGGACUGAGCCUCCAAGCCAUAGAGUCUGUCGCUGAAAACGGACUAGCCUGUGUGCUCACCAUGGAGCUAGAGGGUGUCCUGACCAUGAAGCUAACGCACUUCCAGCCCCGCUACGUCCUCCUUCUCCCGCUGGAUCAGACCAAGCAUGAACAACGUCUGCAGGCUGUUGGAAACCUCUCCGCCUCUCAGGUCGAGUUUGCAGUGGAUAGGACCAACCUCUACCAGCACAUGCAUCAGAAUAAACCAGGCUUCUUUGACAGAAGCAUUGACACCACUGACCCUGAGAUGGCCUUCAAGUUGGUUCGCAACCUGGUCCUGUCCUACCUGGGUCUGGCCGUUCCAGACAGCCCUGAACCCUCCAGUCAGGAACAGGACUCGUCCUCCAUCUAUUCCCAGUCUCAGACCAGUUCUGCCAUGAGAUCCGAGAGCCACUCCCCUUCCUUCUCUCAGUCCACUGGUCGACAGGGUCCGCCAGGGAUUGUUGAGAACCCUCCAUCUCCUACCAACAUGAGGACGUGGAUGAAACCUGUCGUUGAUCCUCCCCCUAGACCCCUCAGCCAGAACUCUAAGAAGAGGCAGGAAUCAACUAUGAGUGAUAUAGAAAAGAUCUCAUAUGAAAGGAGAAAGAGUGCUGCCAAGGAAGCCGUCUCUGGUAUCGUACCAAGACCAUUGGAUCAACUUAUCAAUGAACCACCAUCCACAGCACCAGGCAAGCAGUUGGAAGGGCUAGGUGAUGAACCCAACCGCCCCAAGACCGUGCCCAACAGUGCUAUCCGCUACCUGGCGGGGAGUCCUGAUUCCAGCGUUGCGAGUUCCAGGAGUGACUCGAGAAUGUCCAGUCUGUCCGAUGCUAGGGGUAUGUCGGCGUCACCGAGCGGGUCGCAGACGUCCUUCCAGAUGGUCGGUGGUUCUGAUGGACAUGCUUCUAGACCUGGGAGCGUCGGGUCUCUUCCGGAAGAUAGGCCAGUCCUGCCUCCGAUUCAGUCUGGACAGAAUUCAUAGCCUCAGAACUGUUUCCUUUUCUCCUGCUCUCAGGGUUGAGCUAUUAUCACCUUUAUUCUUUCCAAAAGUGUCCCCACAUUGGUAAUCACCAGUAUGAUGCCUAUAGCAUUUUAAUUUAUUUGAUAUACAUUGAAAGAGCAAUGUAGAUGGAAUAGUGCCGUGCUGAGGAUUGAACCCCUAUCUUUUAUAGUCAAGGGCCUUUGACUACCCGACCACAGGGCCUCAUGUUGUUACUAGAGGACAUAUGAUAGCACUAUGAACUUCUCAAUGUGACAAGCAUGACAAGUACUGUCCAUUAAUUCUCCUUUAGGUCUAUGGGGUCACGAAUACCUUUUUUAUGUACCGGUGUAUUUAUUUUAAACAUCUUUUUGUUUCAUAUUUCUAAAUAUAAUUUGUAGAUUGAAUCCUGUUCCAUGAUUGGUCAACAUAGCAUCAUGUGACCAAACAUAACACAUAACAUCGGUAUUCCUUUUAAUGAUCAUCCAGGUGUAAAUUAUCCUAAGGGUUACCAACCAACUGAGAGAAAAUAAAAUAACCCAAUUCAAAGAAACAUAGAUUAUGUAAAUUCACCUAGGGUAACCACUGAAAAUAGAACAGCCCAACUAAAAUGGGACGACCCAAUUCAUAGAAAUAACAAUGAAAAAGAACUAGAGUGAGGAUGUGUGACUGUCCUGGGUGGUUAUGCAAUGAAGAGUAUACAACAAAAGGACGAGCAUUUUUGGAGGAGGGGUGUGGGUGUCUUCUGGUGCCUAUCUAAAGUAAUGUUAAAGUUACCAUUGAACUUAGAGAAAAUAGAAAUACCCAACUAAAAUGGGACGACCCCAUUCAUAGAAAUAACAAUGAGAAAGAACUAAGAAGAGAGUGGUUAAAUGACCUGAGUGGUUAGGUAAUGAAGAAUGUACAACAUAAGGACAAGGUCAUUUAGGAGGAGGGGUGUCCUUUUGACAUGAAGACCAUGUAAAGUAAUCUAAAGUUAACCAUUGAACUUAAGAGAAAGUAGUAAAACCCUAACUAAAUGGAACAACCCAAUUCAUAGAAGUACAAUGAUGAAGAACUAGGAUGAGGACAAUUGAAUGGCCUUGGUGAUUAUAAAUGAAUGAAUGAGCACAUCAGAAUAGGAAAAGAAUUAAGGUGUCCAGAGAAGUAGGGCAGUGACAGAUGUGAUGAAUUAGAACAAAAGUGUAUAUUGAAAGCUAAACUGAAAAACAGCAAACUGAUCUGAACUGAAUAGAUGUCAAACAAAAGCAAACCCAUAUGUACAAAGAACCUUCCUACAAAAGCUUCAGUUAUUAACACAAGUUCACAGAAGAUACGAUGUUGUGUUGGGAAUAUUUCUAGAUAGUAGCUAGAUUUUUAUUGUGUCGCACAUCCAAUGUACUGAAUAUUGGUUUUAAAAAUACCAAAGAUAUAUUAAAAAUAUGCCAGGCAAGAAAUUGAAUUUAAGUUUUCAAGGGUCGGUUUUACAAACGAAUAAUAAUAAUAAUCAUAACAACAAUGAGAAUGAAAGAAUACUGUUUAAGAGUAAGCUUUUAACAUCCUGUUUAUAAAUUAUAAGCACCUGAAGAGCAGAACUAUUGUUUAUUAUUCAUAUUGUAACACAAUUUAGGCAUGAUUAUGUGGAAAGGAAAUAUAUAAACGCUUAAAUGUGUGCAUUGUGUGAACCUGCUAUAACACAUACACCAUUGUUUACUUUGUCAUAGUAUAAUAUCGCUCUUGUUCCCUCUCAUUGGUGCAGUGGGCCCUGCCCCUAAGUCCCAUUUAAAUGAUUUUGUCCUUAGCUAUCACUGUAUAUCAUCAACAACAAAAAAAAGAAUCCAGAGUUUAAACUUUGAAGAAAUGAAGUUGGCACAUGUAAUGAAAAUUAUUUGUACAAAGGGUGUCAUGAUAUAUUUGAAUUGUAAUGUAUCGUAAUAUUUUAUUAAUUUGUGAAAAACAAAGUGUUUGUAAAUUAAAUAAGUAUAUGUAGAGAGACUGUAUAUAAUAUAUGUAUAUAUUUCUGUGUAAAUAAAUAACGUACAUGUGUAUUACCUAAAAUGAU